CCUCUGUGGGAUCCAAGACCUGGAGGUGACAAAACAGCAGGCCACCAUGAGCCAAGUGACAAUCAAGGAUGUAGAAGUCCUCAACUGCGAAUAUGGCAAGAACACAAUUAAAUUCCUUCGUCUCCAUAGAGAAGGAAAGAAGCACUUUGUUAAAGAAGUGGAAGUGUGCACACAUCUCCGGCUGACUUCUUGUCAUGAGUACCUGGAUGGAAACAACUCUGCUGUGAUACCUACAGACACCAUAAAGAAUAUAGUCCUUGUGUUGGCCAAGAAAAAUGGGAUCGCAACUUUAGAACAAUUUGCUAUAGAUAUCUGCCAACACUUCAUGACAACAUUUUGCCAAGUGGCGUACGUCAAAACCUACGUUCAAGAAGUACCAUGGCAACGUCUACAUGAGAAUGGCGUUCCCCACAUCCACUCAUUCAUAUGUGUUCCUAAUGGGAUCCGCUUUUGUGAAGCUGAGCAGUGCCGAAAUGGUCCUCUGAUUGUUUUUGCUGGAAUUAAAGAUCUGAAACUGAUGAAGACAACACAGUCUGGAUUUGAAGGCUUCUAUAAGAAUGAACACACCACACUUCCUGAAAGGAAUGACAGGAUUUUAUGUGGAGAGCUCUUCUGCAAAUGGUCAUAUGGCGAAUGCAAGGAUUUUGACUUUGAUUGCACAUGGAACAAAAUCCGUGAAUGUAUCCUUGAAGCAUUUGCUGGGCCACCUGACUGUGGGGAAUAUUCACCCUCUUACCAGAAAACUGUCAACUCCAUCCAGAUGCACGUCCUUUCCAAAGUACCACAGGUACAGGUCAUAGAAGUCGUCUUGAACAACACUUUUUAUAAUGUUGUAGACAUGAAGAAUCUAUGUUUGACCAAUGACAAAGAAGUUCUGGUUCCAGUGGAAACUCCUUAUGGCUCCUGUGCGUGCACACUUGGCAGGAAGACGUUCUUAGAAGCACAAGCCCAUAUGCUAAAAGAUGAAAGGCAAAGUCUGUUUGGACUGGCAGCUGCCCAGAGAAACUAAAGUUCUUGACUACACUCACACCUUCUGAUAAACUUAAUAGUAUGGCUUUCCUAUUAACAUAUAAUCCUUAUUGGCCUCUUCCAUUGCUGACUACUUUUCCCUCUAUGAACUCCUGAGGUUGGGAUUUCUGAAGGACCCUCA